UUAUUUGCGCAUCAAGUUAUAUAAACAGGUGACCUGAUGGUGCAGUUUUGUCCGUGAACCUCGCUGGAGGAUUAUUCCGCCAUCUUACGCUGUAUUUCCUCGCUCGGGUUGUCCUCCCCCCUUUCUCGAGGCUCAUCAAAAUGUUCCAAUUGCAAUCGGCCGACUCCAUGCCCUCGGCCCACUCGUGUCUGAAUCCAUUGAGCAAGCCUUUUGCCCCACGCUCUAGCGCCUCAAGCGAGCCCAACUCCCCACCUUUUACCCCCCGGGGUUCCUUGUCAACCCCGUUCUUCAGAAAUAAUCAUAAUAACAAUAACAUCAUCGUCAGCCACAACAAUAUUAACAACAACAACAACAACAUCCCGCACAGUAGUAUCAAUAAUAAUCUAGUGACCAAGUUUGCACCUCCGCCUCCAUUUGGAGUUGAUGUGACCACGAUGCCUCCGCCGCCGGCCUCAAUGUAUGGAGCCGUGGGAACCACGCCGCCCUCGCAUGGCACGGCUUUAAGAGCGGAUGAGUUUGGUUUGAGGGGCCUGCUCCAGAACAUUCAGGCCACCCAUUACAGCCGCAUUCGGCGGAAGCGUCCCAAUGAUCCCUACGAGUCCACGGUUGUUAGCCGAGAAGAUUUGGGCUUCACUGAUGAGGCGAUCCGGUUCCACGGGCCGAAAUUAUUGCCCCAUUUCGAGUCGCCAUUUAAUUCCAAAUUCAACACCCUGUAUCUGGACCAUGAUGUGCCCGAGGAGUACUACACGGCCUGGAAGUUGUCCGGAUGUCUGAAGGGGAAAUGGUCGCAUUACUUGCCCACCGACCUGCUUUUCUUCCUCUUCUACACGGCUGUGGGCGACAUUCUACAACUGGAAGCCGCGGCCAAGCUCUUCGAUCGGGGCUGGCGUUUCUUAAGGGAGAAAGGCGUUUGGAUCUCCCGGAAACCCAAUUGUCCUCCGGAGUACGCGAGUACGACCGAACAAUUCGGAGAGUAUCAAUACUUUGACGCACAAAGUUGGGAGCGCAAGUCUGGAAAUUUCAAGUUUAAGCUCGAAGAUCUGGCCACCAAGGUGCAGUUGCCUCGGGGUCCAUUUCCAAUGGCCAAUGGGUAUAACGUGUGCCCCACCCCUCCUGUACCGUUAAACUACCGCCGAAGAGAAUUACCGCGACAUCCUGGAAUGAUUCCGCCCUUCAACGCCCACUCACAAAGCUAUCCUUACUACUCGGCUACAGAUUAAUAGAGGUUCCCAUGGUUUUGGCUCAAGAACAGGUGAAGCAAAUCACUGACAACAUUUUAGAUGAAGUAUCAAACUGGGCACGGGUUGAUAGAAUUUUUUGUGUGUAUAAUAUUUAUAAUCGAUAAUUUUGCUCCAUCGAAUGGGAUUGGCCACACUUAACACAAUCGUCUUGAAUUUCGAAUUUCGGCUCAUUCUCUUUCUAUCUCCUGUUUCUUUCUUCAUUCCUUCUUCACCCUCAACGACCUUGAUCUAAAUUAUGCUUUGCUUCCUCCUUAUAAUCAUCUCUUGUUUUUAUGUUAUGUAUUCAGUCAUAUUCUCUCUAUCAUUGUAUGAUGAUUGAAUUAGAUUAUGAUAAAUAUAUGUGCCACAUUUGAGAAUUCUAGGAAA